AUGCGGUUUCCUCCCUCGGGCGAGAUUUUGCUAUCACUGCUUUAUGCCAACUCUGUUCUUGCCCAAAUUCAAUUGUACAAUUUCACUACCGCAUCCACCAACCUCUCUUCAACAUGCGUCGCCGUCUUGAACCAAGUGCAAAACUGUGAUCCGUCACUUGAGUGGGCGGGUCGGGGAAGAUACGAAGCGGACGACAUACUGCAAACCCUGUGCACGGCGGCUUGCACGGCAUCACUGUCAACAUGGUUGAAAAGAGCACUCGGCGCAUGCACAACGCGAUACGUUGACACCCAAGGCAAUGCUAUGCUUCCCGGUAUCUGGGUAGAGUCCAUUCUCGAGAAUUACAGUUUACUAUGCCAGAAAAACGGAGCUGACAACUUCAGUGACAAGUUUUGUAACGCCGUUGUUCGAGAUGCAGCUGGAGUGAACCCUGAGAAUCAAUCGCAGACCAAAUCGGCAGUUGCAACCAUUAAAUGCGAUGAUUGCUUCUUGAAACAGAUGCAAACACGCCUGCAGAUGCCGCUUCUAUCAAACUCCGACAUGGCAAAGACUUUCACGUCUUUGACUUCGGCUUGCAAGAAGACUGGCUUUGCUGUCACACCUAUUGCUGCCUCAACCGCAUGGGUUACAUCCACAACAGCUUCAGGCGCCACGCCAACGCCAACCGGAUGUACAGGCACAAUGUAUACGAUUCGCAGUGGAGACACGUGUCAAUCGGUCGCUGCUGCCCGCGGCAUAAGUGUAGCUGGUCUUCUCACCGCCAACGGCCUUCAAGGCUUUUGCGCGAAUUUCCCGACCUCAGGGGCACUUUGCAUACCCACUAGUGGAAGGUGCAAGACAUACACCGUGAAGACCGGCGACACAUGUGCCAAGAUCGCUGAUGCAAACAAGAAGGCAUGGGUGCAAAUAGUCUCUUGGAAUCCGGUCCUUGGUAAGGAUUGCGGAAACUUGGGAAGCUACAUUGGGUAUCCGAUAUGUGUAUCUACUCCCGGUGGAGACUGGGUCAAUCCGAGCCCGGUACCCAGUACUUCGGAGGCGACCACACCGUAAGUCAUCCACAGAAACUGUAUUCGCUUUUCUAAGAGUGAUGAAGACGUGGCUCUAACAAUGUGUAGUCUCUCAAGUAUGCCAGGUACUGCUGUCAGUCUACUCCCUCGUCCUACCAACACGGGCUUCAUCAAUGGUAGCGAUGAAUGGCACUACCAAUACGGGAACGGAACUCGCCUUGACUGUAUCACCUAUGUCAAUGGCUCUGACUUUGGUUCGAGUGCUUCAUGCGCAGAUGUCGCCAAAGAUGCUGGCGUCAAUGCUACAGAUAUCGCUGAAUGGAAUCAGUUGGAAGAUCCUUGCACGUUGGAUGGGAAACUUACGUACUGCGUACAGCGAGUGAAACAAGAUUUCACAUCGGACGUGACCGAAUACUGCAACCUUGAAGACACAGCUACCUAUGGGAUGACGUGUCAGCAGUUCGUUGCCUUGUGGGCGAUCGAUUCAAUGAGGUUGAACGAUUGGAACCCAGG